CAUCAAACAAACCAUGGCAGGUGUUUCAUUUGUACUUGUGUUUCUUUUCUGUCUUCUUUACAGAACUGAAGGAAAUGUUCCAGGUUGUACUGGCCCCUACGGAAAGGUAAGAGAUGUUCAAACCACUGGAGCUGGACCCAGAACUGCAAAAGCAGAAGGCCUGAAAUUCCAUGGAGUUCAAGCUUCAGCCAUCAUUGCAAAGAAAGACCUAACGAAUAUGAACAAAUAUAAAGCAAAGAUUUUAGCCGUCAGUAGAAAAACAGGCAUUGAGGCAGCUGUGAUUGCGGGUAUAAUCUCUCGAGAAUCUCAUGCCGGAACUGUCCUGAGGAAUGGCUGGGGUGACGGUGGAAACGGAUUUGGCUUGAUGCAGGUUGAUAAAAGAUACCAUAGAUUAACUGGCACAUGGGAUAGUGAGGCUCAUAUUAAUCAAGCUACCCAAAUUCUCUGUGGCAUGAUAAACGGCGUUGCUAAAAAUUUUCCACGGUGGACCAAAGCACAGCAGCUCAAAGGUGGAAUUUCAGCCUACAAUGCAGGAAUUCGUAAUGUUCAAACUUAUGACAGAAUGGAUAUUGGCACAACAGGGAAUGAUUAUGCCAAUGAUGUUACUGGAAGAGCCCAGUUUUACAAUGAAAACGGAUACCCAUAAUAAUUUUAAUCUCC